AAGUCGGACACUUAACCGACUAAGCCACCCAGGCGCCCCUCCUAUUUCUAAAGCUUUCUGAAACUGUCAUUCGUGUAUAUAAUUCUGGGCUGCAGUAAUAAAAUACCACAGACUUGGUGGCUUCAGCAACCCACAUUUGUUUUUCACAGUUCUGGAGCCUGGAACUCCCAGGACCAAGGUGUCAGCAGACUCAGUACUCACUGAUGGACCGGUUCCUGGCUUGCAGGAGCCUGCCUUCUCAAUGUGUCCCAACAUGGUAGAGACAGAGAGAGAGCUGUGGUCUGUUCCUCUUAGAAUGAUUCCAGUCCUUUCACGGGGGACCUCUUCUCAUGACCUCAUCUAAACCUAAUUACCUCCCAAAUGCCCCCCCUCUGCAUACCAUCAUAUAGGGAAUUAGGGCUUUGACAUAUGGAUUUGGGUGGGGGUGGAGGGGACACAGGCAUUCAGUCCAUAACAGUGACUGUACUGAGAUCAGCAGAGUCUUUGUGAGGAUUAACUCAGUGAAUGUUUUUAAGUUUCCAAGCAGAGUCCUGUUUAUUAAACUUUGAUUUUGUCUUCUUAUUUUCUGGACGCUAGGUGUAAGGAGGUGAGUUACAUCUACUACUUUUGGUGAUGUAAUGUCAUUUUUUCAUGGAGUACAUUUAGGUACCAACAAAAUUUUGCUUUUCCUGCAUAUGGUUGGCACUCUCUGAGUGGAAAUCCAGAGGAAGAGACGCGGUGGCCGAACCCUUGAUGAUGCAACUGCAGGAUUAAUAUAUGGAGGAUUGAUGCAGUGAUCAUUGGUGUUAAGAAUGGAGAGCUCACUGCAGGAGAGAUCACUGUGGGGCUAUCCUUCCAACGAGCCAUCUCAGGAGCCCCUAACCGGACCGCAGGACCUGUCUGCCAUGAUAUCUUAUAAAGAACAAGAUUCUGUGACCUACAAAGAUAUAGCUGUAGACUUUACCCAGGAAGAAUGGGCCCUGAUGGAUUUAUCUCAGAGAACGCUGUACAGAGAUUUGAUGCUGGAGAACAUUAGUCAUCUGGUCUCUCUGGGGUGUCCUUUCUUCAGAUCAGAUGUGAUCUCCCAGUCAGAACACAGAGGGGAGCUGUGGAGGGAAGAAAGAGGACCUCCUCAAGGCUGGAGUCCAGGUACGAAAAAUAGCCAUAAUAAGCAAGAAAUAAUACCUAUGCAAGAUAUCUGCACGAAGGACCCACCUAACUGCUGGACAGUACAGAGAUAUCACCCAAGAGAAGACCUCUCUGUAUAUAGUGGGUAUGAUGAAGUUUUCACUCGCGUCUACACAAUGACUCAGUAUGUCUUAAGUCACACUGGACAGAAACUGUAUAAAUGCAAUGAAUGUGGAAAACACUUCACCCGAAAUGCCAACCUUCAUACCCAUAAAAUAAGUCACACAGGAGAGAAUCCAUUUGCUUGUAAUCAGUGUGGGAGGCGCUUCAGGUACUUUUCAUCUUUAACUAGACAUAACCGAAUUCAUACUGGAGAGAAGCCUUAUGAAUGUCAUCUAUGUGGGAAAGCAUUUGUUCGUAGUUCCCUGAAACAACAUCAGAGAACUCACACUGGAGAGAAACCAUAUUCCUGUCAACUAUGUGGAAAAGGCUUCGUGACAAAGUCUAAUCUUCGAGAACAUGAGAGAACUCACAGUGGAGAGAAACCAUAUAAAUGUCAUCUAUGUGGAAAAGCCUUUGUUCAAAGCUCUUGUCUUAGAAAACACGAGAAAACUCACACUGGCGAGAAACCAUAUAAAUGUCAUCUCUGUGGAAAAUCCUUUGUUCAAAACUCUUAUCUUCGAGAACACGAGAGAACUCACACUGGAGAGAAACCAUAUAAAUGUCAUCUAUGUGGAAAAGCCUUUGUUCGAAGCUCUUGUCUUAGAAGACAUGAGAGAAUUCACACUGGAGAGGAACCAUAUCAUUGUCAUUUAUGUGGAAAAGCCUUUGUUACACGCUCUGAUUUUAAAAAACACAUUAAAACUCACAUUGGUGAAAAACCAUAUACGUGUCAUCAGUGUGGAAAAGCUUUUGAUCAUCGCUCAUGUCUUAGAAGACACGAGAAAACUCACACUGGCGAGAAACCAUAUACAUGUCAUCUAUGUGGAAAAGCUUUUGUUCAAAGCUCUAAUCUUCGAAAACAUGAGAGACACACUGGUGAGAAACCAUAUCAAUGUCAUCUAUUUGAAAAAGCCUUUGUUCAAAGCUCCUGUCUUAGAAACCAGAGAAACUACACUAGACAGAAACCAUAAGUAUGUCAUCUAUGUGGAAAAGCCUUUCUCUGGGAGUCGCCCCAGGAAAACGUGAAGCUGCAACACCGACGACCUAACAACCCAAAGCGAUUCUCGGUGGCACCCACGCUUCUCCCCGGGUCCCGGACCCUCAGUCUCCCGGUGAGCACGCCCUGCUCUGGGCAGCGUCCCGCCGGCUCUCCGCCACCAGCACAGACCCCGCCUGCCCUGCUCGGCCCACUAACCCGCGCCAAGCGCGGCCGCCGGGGUCCCGGGAGGCCCGCGCCCGCAGCCCAGCGUGUCCAGCCAACGGGGGCUGUGCACACACCUGUCACCCUAACGGGGACACAUCGGCGCGUUCAGGGCUCUGAGUCUCACCUGGAACUGCCAGAAAGAGUCACUGUGGCUCCUCCCCACGCUGGUCGAGCCCUGGACCGGCCCCGUCCCUCCACUGUCGCGUCGUCCCCGCUCUCCGCUCACUCUCUCCGGGUGCAGCCCCACGCUCCUCAGACGUCCGGUCCCCACUCCCCACUCUCCCUCUCCAGGCCACGCCCUUCGCGUAAUUCCCUACCAACCCGGAAGCGGAUUUCCGGAAGAGCAGGUAUCGGUCGCUUUGCCUCCUGUUCCUUGGACUGUAUGAAUGAAAACCCAGAAAACAGAAUGGAAUCACAAGAAUCACUGACCUUUGAGGAUGUAGCUGUAGAUUUUACCCAGGAAGAGUGGACCCUGCUGGACAGGUCCCAGAGAAAACUUUUCAGAGAUGUGAUGCUGGAGAACAUGAGUCAUCUGGUCUCAAUUGGUAAACAACUCUACAAAUCAGAUACAGUUUCUCACUUGGAGCAAGGAGUGCAACUUUCAAGAGAAGGAAUAGGUUUGCUGCAAUGCCAGAGUCUAGAUAGGGAAGAUGAUCUUAAAAACCAAGACAUGAUAUUCAUGCAACAUAUCUACAAGAAGGACACGACAUUAAUCUGUGCAAUGAAAUCUCAUACCCAAGAAGAUUCUUUUGAACACAAUGAUUUUGGAGAAAAUUUUACUGAAAUAUUAACAUGGACUCAAUAUGUGGUACCUAAAAUGGGAAAGGAUCUCUAUAUCAGCAACAGAUGUGAACAAGACAGCAGUUAUUUGACAUCCGUUAAUGUACAUAAGCAGAGUCACACUACAAGUAAAUCAUAUGAAUGUCAUCAAGGUGGGAAUGCCUUUAUUCAAAGCUCUGUUCUUAGACAACCCAAUAAUACUCAAAAUGGAGAGAAAACAUUUGAAUGUCAUGAAUGUGGGAAAGCCUUUGGAAAAAGUUCUAACCUUAGGCGACAUGAGCUGAUUCACACUGGAGUGAAACCACAUGGAUGCCAUCUCUGUGGGAAAGCCUUCACUCAUUGUUCCGACCUUAGAAAACAUGAGAGAAUUCACACUGGAGAGAAAUCAUAUCGAUGUCAUCUGUGUGGGAAAGCCUUCAGUAAGAGUUAUAACCUUAGGCGACAUGAGAUGAUUCACACUAGAAAAAAACCUCAUGAAUGUCAUCUAUGUGGGAAAGCCUUCACUCAUUGUUCUGACCUUAACAAACAUGAAAGAACUCACUUUGGAGAGAAACCAUAUGGAUGCCAUAUAUGUGGGAAGACAUUCAGUAAAACAUCGUACCUUAGACAACAUGAGCGAACUCAUAAUGGAGAGAAACCGUAUGAGUGUCACCUCUGUGGGAAGGCGUUCACUCAUUGUUCUCACCUUAGAAAACAUGAGAGAACCCACACUGGAGAGAAACCAUAUGAAUGUCAUCUAUGUGGGAAAGCCUUUACUGAAUCUUCUGUCCUUAGACGACAUGAGAGAACCCACACUGGAGAGAAACCUUAUGAAUGUCAUCUGUGUUGGAAAGCCUUCACUGACUCAUCUGUCCUUAAACGACAUGAGAGAACUCACACUGGAGAGAAACCAUAUGAAUGUCACCUAUGCGGGAAAGCUUUCAAUCACUCUUCUGUACUUAGACGACAUGAGAGAACUCACACUGGUGAGAAACCAUAUAAAUGCAAUGUAUGUGGGAAAGCCUUCAAUAGAAGCUAUAACUUUAGACUACAUAAGAGAAUCCACACUGGAGAGAAACCAUAUAAAUGUUAUGUAUGUCCGAAAGCCUUCAGUAAAUAUUUUAACCUUAGACAACACGAGAAAACACAUGUGAAGGUAAUAAAUUCAGAAGAUCCACCACCUAUAGCUUUAAACACUCUUGAGGGCCCAAACACUUAAGAAACACUUUGUAAUCAGUGUGGGAGAGCCUUUAUACAUCCUUGACUUCACUCAGCCAAAGUUAAUCCAAAAUGGAGAGAAUCCAUAUAUGGGCCAUCUGUAUGACAAAGCCUUUAGAUAGUGGACUGACCUGGGAGUCAAUAUAUGACCUGGGAGAAUGUAAAUGAAGUGAAUGUGGAAGAAUUUUCAUCCACAGUUCUGUUAAACCUAAUGGAGAAGUCAUGUAAGAGAUGAAUCUGUGUCGUUAAUCAAUGUAGAAAUACUUUCAUUUAUCCCUUAAAUAAGCAAAUAAAUUGCACAGGAGAGAUUCUAGAUCUGUAAUCACUUUGUACUCAUUGAAUUGAGCAACACACUUGGCAUCCAGAAGAAAACUCGGUGAUAUAUAUCUGCUAAAACAAGAAUUAAGUGGGAAAGAAUCAUUACUAGGAAGACAAGAGAAUUUUGUUGCCAAAGGGUUGUGUUCAGUGAGAACUAGGACAUGAAAACGACUGAAGACAUUUUAGAGUAUCCUAUUUCCAGAAUGCCUAAUAUACUUACACCAAUCUCUCUAGGGACAAAGCACUACUACUACUAGUGACAAAAAAAAAAAAAA